AUGGCCGUGUUCGCUUUUCCCCAUGUGUUGAGCUCCCAGGCGGCACGAGAGCCGAGGCUCGCAGAUGUAUUAUCGUCCGACGAAACCGAAUACGAAAGUGAGAAUAACAGAACAGAGAUGUUCUACUUACUUUUUCUUCUCGGCGUGAGGGUAUCUGGAUUGGGUUCUUACUGUAUUAUUAUCGAUGAGGUGAAGAGGUCGAUGUGUAGUAUAUUCUCGGUAGGUAUCCGAUGCAAAACCAAUAAUGACAUGAUGGAGGAUGGAUGUGUCUCUGCCCGUCAGACUCAAGACUCAGGCUGGAACUAUAUCCGGGGAAAGAAAGGAGCCAAAAAUGAACACGCGGCCAUCGGCGGUCCUUCCAAGUUCUCAGGCUGCCUUUCACGAUUCCAGGCUUCUCCAGGGGAAACAAGGUUUGGACCCAGCGACCCGGGCCCCUGGUGCCAGCUCAUCAAUAGGAGAAACCCACCAUCAAACACCGGUCAUCAGUUCGUUGGGCGUUGA